GUUGUUGUUUUUUUUUUUGCGGUUCCGUCUUGAGUUGUUUUCCGUUCCGCAUAUCCCGAAAAAGCGCUUACCAUGACGACCAGGGAGCAACGACGGGAAGAGUAUUCGUCCUCGGUACGCGUCAUGUCACCGUCCCGGUCACUUACACCCACAACGCACGGCCAUCAGUUCGAUAAUAGAUUGGAUAAUCUCCUGGAGGACCUCCAGGCAAGCGUUUCCCGCCCGGGAAGCUCACUAGGUCAACCCAUCACCAAUUACUCGUCGACGCGCGAGGUGCAGUAUUUGCAGCCGGCCAAUGUCACAACGGUUGCCCGCGAAAGAUCUGUCAGCCCCUCCAUCACAACGAACGAACGGAAGGUGUACAAGACGGCCAAGUACGAGUACAAAUCGAGCGGUGGCAGCACACUUGCACCGGCAGGAUCCGGCGGACGGACGGAUCAGUCUGUUAGCGAGGUGUACCAGCGCAACAUUAAUCAGCUCGACACGCUUCUGAAUGAUCUUGAACGUGAGCGCGACUCAUCGCUCGAUCGAAGUAACAGAACAUUGAAUCGUGAUGGUAUUGAUUCUGGAUUACACGAACCCGGUACGAAGAUCAUCAAAACCACCACCACGUACAGCAGUGCCGGUGGCAAGCAGCAGCCCGUAAACCGAGAGCUGGUGUUCGAUUCACCAAACAGCUACGAAGUGCGUCAAUCACGAUCACGUCACCGUAGCCCACCGUACGAGAACCAUACGUCCACGACGGUGAAGAAUGUUUCGUACGGUUCCGACAGCUCCGGCAUCUACGGUGGCAUUAACCGGUCGGCCACACCGCAACGCUCCAUGACACCGGCACGCUCGGAGGAGUAUUACACCGAAACACGUACCAUCUCGCCGAGUUCGGAUUUGGCCCCACGGAACGUACGUUACAAUGAGACCGUCCGUGUUGAUGACGCUGCCAACGUGCUACACAGUAUUCCCCUGUCUGACGACAUCUUGCCCCGUCCAAACACGAAAGUCACCACAACGGUGCGUACGUACACGUACGAGCUGCCACCGGACAGCGCACCCGGUGGUACACUGAAUCAGACCAUCUCGUACACCAAUCAAGCAGUUAAUCAGACCACAAACACUCUGCCAGCUCCGGGUUAUCCGGAGCAUCCGUCGCAGCAUGUGAACCCCGGUACCAAGACGGUGCUAGUGAAGAACGAAACCUUCAACACAAGCAACAACGUGCAGGAGUACCCGGUGUCCACGAUUCUCAACCAUCCGUUGCCACCGAACACGGCCAAAACCAUCUACUACAAGAAGGAUACGAAGCAUUCGACCACGAACUACUAUCCAGAUCAACCGGUCGAACCAGGUUAUCCGGGUAAUUUCCGUGCGAUCGAAGCUCCUCCACCGACCGGAGGUCCUGACGGUCAGCCCGUGAAGUACACAGUGCAGGAACCGGGAUAUCCACCAGGCAAUAACACUACUUACGUUUACCGUGAGGAGCGCACCAACACAAACAAUCGGUAUGGAUCGCCUGUUCCUGUGUCGGACAAUCUGUAUCCACAGCCCGGAGGUCCGGGAGGAGUUCCGCCACCAACAACGGUGACGUACAAGUAUAGCUCUACCAUGACUAAUGCGACCCGCAAUCUGUAUCCUCCACCGGCCGAACGGGAACCACUGUUGCAACCUUUCCCAACGGACGGGAUCGAUCGAAAUGACAUCGAUGGAAAUCCUCCCCGGCGGCUGGAUGAUCUAAUGGCCACAUUUGGAGAGGAUGGUCAAAUCAUUUACCAGUCGAAGGUUUCAUCACAAACCGACAGUGGUACAGGCCCAAGAAGAUCAUCGCCUGAAAAGAAUGGAAAUGGCCCGAAACCGAUUGAUGACACAGUGGAUCAAAAGUUGACCUCGAAUCAGCUGGCAUCGAAGAAUAUUGCAGGUCCACCGGUUUACUACCCUCCAGGGCAUGAGAUGUUUGCGAAGAAGGAGAUGGAAGCUAGUGGAUGGAGAUCACAGGGCGAAUAUGCAAAGGCUAGCGGAAUGUAUAAAUACGAGGCGGAAAGUAAAUCGAAGAGUUCCAGCAAAUCCGGUGCUGCUGUUGUGCCCGUCUGUCUUCCGCUGUGUUGUGCGAUGCCAUGCUCCAUCAUGUAGUCUGGAAGGAACUGGCAGCAAUGUGUUUCUUA